CUUUUGAUCUUUAAUUUGGUUUUCUUGGCCAUCACCAACCAAUCAUACACCAUGUAUCUAUUAUCUUGUUCGUCCAUGAUUGAUCGUUCUCCGUCACAGCCAGUAGCUUUAUCUAUUUAACGUACGUUUCAAUCAUCUCUUCUCUAAAUCCAGCCCUAGCUCGGCGAUCUAUUCUACGCUAACACCUAAUUGUAAUUAGCUAUCAUAGUAGAAACCAACCAUAUAAAUAGCUUUAUAUAUGCUUCCAAAAAUUUUCCUUCUUUAUUUCUCCAAAUUUGUUGAAAAAAAUUCUUAAACCACUCUAAAGAAAAGGAAAGAUGGGCCUUUCUUACGGCAGCAUCGGAGUUAUUAUCGUUGGAGUAAUUCUGAAUGAUCUUAUGAAAGAGGUUUGUUCUUUUCUUGACCUAUCUCGUUUGUGUAGUCUUUAUUCGUCGGAAUCUUCGGGAAGCAUAAAUAAGAUUCCGAUGGAUGAUAUACUUCCAGCUACGAAAUUUGAGGAUAUGUCACGGGUGAAUCCGCCGGAGAGCUGUCGGAUAUGUCAAGAUGAGUUCGAUAGUGCUGAAAAAGUCCGGUCUUUGAGGAAUUGCGCUCAUGUUUUUCACAAGACGUGUAUUGACCGUUGGAUCCAUGAAGACAAGAUGACUUGUCCUUUGUGUAGGACCCUAAUCAUCCCUGAUUUCUAUUUCUUUCGCUUGUAAAUUUUAAAAGAGAUACAACAAUCGUUUUAAAAACUAUUUUUGGAUACAUUCUUUUUGGUAAAUAUUUUUAGCAUCA